UGCUGCUGCUGCCUCCCCAAAGCAGGCUGGCAGCAGGAAUGAGCCAGGCGCUUAGCAGAGGAGCAGCAGAGCAGACACACUUGCCUUUUUGCCAAGAGGGAAGUGGGCACCACCGGGCAGAGCCUCCCAAGCUAAGCUUUGCCAAAGAAGGACUGAUCUCCCUUCCUAAAGAGCCAAACAGCUGGGAAACGACCCAGGAGAGAGAGAGAGACUGAGAAAAGGAUCAGCCUAGAAGAGUUUUCUCCCCUGGAGGGGGGCACUUCCCUUGCCUGCGAUGGAUCCCAAGGAGAGGAAGAAGAUCCAGUUUUCCGUCCCUGCUCCUCCCAGCCAGCUGGAUCCCCGAGCCGUGGAAAUGAUCCGUCGGCGAAGACCGACACCAGCGCUGCUGUUCCAGUUGUCAGAAACUUCACCUGAGGAAGGAUCUCCAUAUCAGAGAGCUUUGGGUGAAGGCUACCACCUUAAAAACAAAAGAAACUCCCCUUGUGUCUAUACUCCUCCUUCUCUUAAAGCUGUACAGCGCCUAGCGCAAAGCCAUUUGGAAUCGAACAGUUCCUGGAUGGAAGAAGACUAUGCUGAGGAUGUGGAAGAGGAGGAGGAGGAAGAGGACGAAGAAGAGGAAGAGGAAGAAGCUCAGGAUUCAGAUGACACCGUGAGGGAGAUGCCUGGCCUGUUAUCCAAGGGGCAGAAGCCAUUGGGCACAGCUUCCAAGUCAGCCUUGCUAAGGCAAUGCACCGUCUUGGAAAAUAAGCCCAAAGAACCUGUCUAUCCAUCUCUCUCCAAAUCACAGAAACGGAAAGGUGGUCAGAAAGUAUCUUUUGCUGGAUCUGUGGAGGAGGUCCCCAGUGAAUCAGAGAAAACAGAAGGUGAAGCUGAGGGUGGAGAACCCCAGGAGCAACAGAACCAAGAGAAAGAGGUGGAUUUGGGUCAGGGAGACCCACCAAUGACAGAUCAUGUCAUGGAACUGAGUCACUCCAGUUGGGAAGAGAGACCUCCUCGUGCUGUUAACCUGGAAAACCGUUCCUCCCCACCUCCUAUCCACACUACUACCUAGCAUCAGUGAAGGGCUGAGCUGGGAGCUGUCCUGUUGAUGGAGAACUCUCAUUUUUCAUCAAGUCGAAUCAAAUUAUUUCCUUUAACAACUAUUUUUUCUCUUUUAUCCUCUUUUCUGUUCCAAAUUUGUCUUUCUUUUUGGCAGUGUUUGGUUUGUGUUCAGUGAAUUAUUUAGUAGAGAGAAAGGGAGGAACAGGGGAGAGUGAAAGGAAACCUGGUGGGCAGAGAAGAUAGGAAUGACACCUCCAUGCUCAGAGGUAAACUUGAUAGCCAAGUGCAGGAGCUGGGUGGCAGAGAUGGCUAUCUCUACUAUGCCUUGAAAUUCACAGGUUGUGAGCACGUACUUCAAGUUGGUGACUGUCUGAAGUGCCUGAGCUAGAUCAGAGUUUGUCAGGUUGAAUCUGGGGUAGUAUGAAGGAGGACAGGUACCUUUGUCCAAUUUGACAGAACUUUAUGGUUCCUCAUCCUGCACCAUGAUCUGUUCAGGAUUAAUGUUACAGGUCGCACAUCCUGCAUUUAAAGUAGCAACUCUAGAUCAGAAGUGGACGACAUACACCUUCCCCACCCAGUUUUGCAUCCUUCCUUUCAAAUCGAUCACUACACUUUGGGUGGCCCUCAGUUUUAAAACAAGCACCCUUUGAACUUUCAGUUUUCAGAAAAUCAGUGAUGAUUUAAAGAGCUGCAUUUUUACUGCGAAAUAGGAUGCAGAGGGAGCACUCAUAUUCUUCUUAAGCAAAAUCAUGCCCCUAGCUUAGAAAGGAACGACAUGUUUUCUGUAUGAUUUGUCUUAAAGGAGGGAAGUUGUGCUUUUGUGGGGAGGCAGUGCUUGCUGCUGAAUUUUGGCUGUGGCACUAAGGUCUAGAAAUUUCAGCUGAAGUUGUGGGCCACCCCAAGAUAUAUGCAUUUUGGCUAUCAUCCAUGGCAGUUCUUUAGAGGUACUCCAUUGAGAUCUGAAAUUCUGCAAUAGUUGUGUGUGAAACCAACGGCAACACUAUUAUCCACAUAAGUUAGUCACUAAUGUGCCUCCAGACAAUUGUAGUGCCACCAUCUAAAUAUAACACUGUACCACAAUUCUACCUUUCUGUCUUUCAGGUGUUGUGCAGUAAGAAAUAAGAUAGAAGUAGUAGUGGAAAAACACAGGAGAAUCACAAAUAGCAGGGUUCGUUGUCUCAGUCAUCUGUAAAAUUCUGUGAACAAAGCAGGGAGAUUUCACAAUAAAAACUUCAUCUGGAACCACCUUUCACCUGAAGGCAUUAUGACUGGGGCAGAUACAUUUUGAGAAAGCACGGGGUCCCCAGGAACCAGCAACCUGAGCCACAUUCAGACUGAUAAGCUAGAGAAGAGUUCUAAGGGUGGUCCUUUUCUCUUUUGCCUCCCCUCCAAAAUUACAUUCCUCCUCCUGAAAGCUGAAAAUCAUGACUCAAUCAAUCUGUACAGUUUGAGGUGUUUUUUCUCUUUCUAAGCCCUUUGACCAGCUACCCGCCCCACCCUUCUUCCUGUGUAUUGGAAAAUGCCUCUUUCCAUGUGCCUCUCCGCUCUAUUAAAGCUUUGUAAAUAAAAACAAUGUUUAAAGUGUGUUUUAUGGAAGUGAGGGGUGGCCAUAGCAUGAAGUAAGCCAGAUUGUCCUUACCAUGUCAGCCAAGAGUUGUACUACCAUGUGGCAGUUAUAUAUCUUUUGCAGAUUAUCCAUGAAUGCAUGAACCAAGCUGCGCUGGCUGUGGGUAUGACAAGGUUUGAAGAGUAAGAGUUCUAAUCUAUGAUUACACCCAGUUAGAAUUCUCACCCGUUUGCAUGUUCACUGGUAUCUUAACUCGGACACCAAAAAUGGUGUGACCCUUCAGAUGUUGUUAGACUGCACUUCCUAUUCCUAGCCAGCACAGAUGAUUGAGAUGGAUGAUGAAGUUGCAGUGCAACAUAUGGAGGGCUGCAAGCUUCUUGCCAAUGUUCUACACACACAUGUUGAGAUAUUUCCACUUCAAAUAACUAGUGAGGUAAGAGUAGCUUACACACUCUUCCAACAAACAAUGCCUAUUUUGUAAGAAACAUUUACUUAUUCCCACUGUUUACUCAAAUCUAUUUGUUCUAGACAGUCCUGUCU